GCAGAAAACUGCGGUGCGAUUAAAGCAAUUUGCUCCAAAAAGAGGGAAAAAAACAGUUAACGAGUACGGAAAAAAUUCUCAGCCCCGGAAAAAUUCCCUCAAACGCGCUCUACAAAAACUAAAUUACUCCUCAAUUUUCCUCUGAUUUAUUCCCAUAAAUAGCACCAGUUUGGUUGGAAAAAUAAACAAAAAACAUUCCAAACAACAAUUUACUUCAUCUUUUCAAGCUCGAAAUUGGAAAAAUGUGGCUUUAAAGAAACGGGAGUGCUGUAUAGUAAUGCCGAAAUUUCUUUAAUUAUGUUUGAAAAACAGGAAACGCAUGAGCGCAAAUUGCGUUUUGUUGGAACACCAUUAAUCAACAAAACUCAUCUCCCAGUUUUCAGUUUCCUGCUUUGUGCCAAUUUUGCUCUUCAUAUUUUCACUACCUGUGCUUUCUUUUCAAUCCAAUAAUUGACUCACUAGUUUGGAAGCUUCAUUGAAAAACACAAAAUUUCAAUUACCUUUGCAUAUUUCGAUUCCUGUGGAAAGAAAAAGCAUCAAGUUUCAAGCUGAUUUGUGGUUGACUAGUCGCGACGAUUAGAAAAAAACCGAUAUGUCAGUAUUUCAAAUGGUAAGAGCUCAACUGGGCGACAACCUGCUGGAGCGAAUUUGCAAGCGACACAAUGACAACAAGCAGACGUUUUUCGAACUACUUCAAACGAUGACCGGGGUCAAAAUUGACCCUCAGAUGAAUGCUGACUGCACAUACGUCAUUGAAGGAACUUGGGAAGCCCUGGAAAGAUGUCACACCGUACUGUACAAGUACCAAGCAGAACUGUGUGCCGAAGAGUUGGCAGAUUUGGGAGAUCAACAGCAGUACCCUCUCUUGACCCCCAACAGUGUCCACUUCUCGUCGCAAUCUAAGAAGCCGAGUCCCGACAGCACCUCCUGUGCACCCUUGGAACCCAUCACACCCAACUCUUCCUUCAACCUCUGUUCGGACAACAGAAUGCCAUCGCCCGUGAUCAGCGCACUGUCGCUCAGUCAAGCCCUCUACGAUCGCUCAGCCAACUCCCCUGUCGUCUCUCGUGGACUCGACCUCUCCCUCAAAAGUAUGACUCACCCUCUUGGUCUUUUCGGCAGCGUGACUGCGGGUGGGCAAAUCUCGCCUCCCACAGCUAUCAGUACCACCGCGAUACAGACGGCGGCUCUCAAUUUAGCUUCGGUUGGCUGUCUCCCUUUGGGAGGUCAUGGAAAUUUGUCGAAUGGAAUAAGUCAUCAGCUUGAAGCGUCAGGCGAAGAUGAAAACGAUAAUGGAAGCUUCGACGAGUGCUCGGACUACAGUAAUGACUCACCGGUCGAUAUUGAGUCGACAACUACAUCGAAUAAAAGUGCGCUCGAUUGCCUCAUGGAUAUGAAGAUUGAACCUCCAAAUAUCAAAUGUUCAGACUCGCAAUUUAUGGUUUCUUCGCCGCAAAGCGAAGCCGCUCUGAGCAUCAAUGGCGAUAUGCAUCCAAAUGUGAGAUCAAAAACACCCAACUCAAUGUCGUCAACAGUUGUGAGACAACGAAAGCCGAACUCUGGCUCGAGAAGCCGACCAGUAGCGGGAGGAGGAGCGUCUCCGUCGCCGUUCAUGCCGAACAAGACUGACCAGACAAAAGUGCACCCUUGUCCUUUCUGUCCUGUGACCCUGGGGUCAAGCAUGAACCUGAAGAAACAUAUCCAGAGAAAACAUAGCACGCCCCUUCACAAGUGCGACAUUUGUGGAAAAGCGUAUGGCUUUGUGAACGAUCUUCGUGAACACAAAAAGAUCCACUUUUUGAAUCUGCCUUGCAACCAGUGUGACAAAGUGUUCAAGUCACGCAGAUCACUUCUCGGACACCUGAGCAUCGCGCAUAAAGACAGCGGAGUCCCCCCUCCCCCACCCCCACCGUCGGGAAACUUCACCUCGCCACUCAGCCAACCGAACACAACCGAGACAAUAUCCCGAAGCAGUACUGCAACCUCAUUGGCUAAUGGGAUAACUCGACCCGAUUUCACCGAGUCGACAGCGCAGCAGCAACUGAACUUGAGUCUUUACUCUUCGUUAAGUGCUAUCAACAGUUACUUCUCGGGAGCAGGAUUAGACGUUGAUAUAAUGAAUGGAACCUCGUCACAGCCCGAGAAAACGUCCCCAUUCCCGACCAAUUCAGUCGCGCAGAAUUUGCUUUCCGAGUUUGACAAACGUCUCGGAAUCAUGUCGUCGACAACAAACGGCAACAUCAUCAGUCGGUCGAUAGCAAAUUCAGUCGUGCCGACAAGUGCAAGCCUCGGGGAUGUUUUGAAUCUGACCAAGUCGGAUUUCUCGGAGAAUUCCUUAAAAUCGACAUAUAAAGACGAAGCGGCCCCGAAACCUCUGAGAUCGGCGACUCCGAUGGAAGUUUCCGUUCAGUAACUAUUGCCAAAUUAUGUAAUCACAUUUCAUCAAUCAACGUUCAAACUAAACUGUCUUUUCUGUUAAAAAUAACUUUGAUAAUUUAUUUUUGUGUGCUGAACUCUAAGCGACAAUCAGUACUUAUAAGAUAUAAUCUAUCAUUUCCUUGCCGGCUAACACUCUUGUUAACAUUUAUUAAUUUAUUAAUUACCUAACCAAAUUUGGUUCAUGUUGCAAUACUGGUGAUCUUAACUUUGUAAAAUAUCAUGAUACAUUUUAAGUAAAACCUCAUGUGGCAAAAUAACUCGCCCAAGGGCGAGGAUGUUAAAUUAAAUUGAUGUUUAAUACAUUAGCAUAAAUCUUUUCUUCGAACUUUGAAUGUCCCAAGAAUAAUUGAGUUCUAUCAAACGCUAUCUGCUUUGACCAAUUCAAUG